AGAGUCUCUUCUUCUAACUUCUGCAAGGCAUUCUAUACCGGUAUCCGUACCUCAACUUCAACCUCAACCUCAACCCGCCCACAACAUCUACCAUCGCCUGACUUGCUCAAGCCACUGUCCACCAAUAUGGCUCGCAAAUCCCCUCGAUCUAAAUCCCUCAAUGCCAAACAUCAAGCGACAGGGAAUACGCCUCCGCAGCGCUCCUCAGCCGGCUCGGAAUCCAGUGCUGCUGAAAAAGAUGAAAGGGCCUCAUUGAUUGUCACUCUCAGGACGAGCACCAGCAAUCAAAAGCUUAUUCAAAGCUUUAUGGCAACCCCAACGCGGACGCUACCUCCACGAGCGGCAAAACGCAAAAACUACGACGACGUGUUCGCGGCGUUCCACGCAUACAAGCGCCCCCGUAAAGAUGAGUCUGAGUCUCCUCCUAAAGUUCAGCCUUUCGUUCAGUAUGAUCGGGGUCGUUCGGACCAACAUACAAGCUUCGAUCAACAUGAAAUUGACUGGGAUGACACAUCCUCCCUCUCCUCGGUGCCGGACGAUCUCUCGCUCGACGGCGAAGCAGACGAUGGCCCAUCGCUUCAAUAUCGCCCCUUUGAUGAACCGAUAACUGAAGCGAGUAUUGAACAGAACCUUCAACAGCAAACUGCGUCACCACAGUUGACAGAAGAUAGAUCACCGACAUCUUUCAAAGCCGUCUCACCAGUUCCAACGCCGGUAUUUGAGUGUCAUAUCCCGGAGAAAGUAUACUUGUCUGGAAACCCGACACCACCCGCCUCAGUUGCAUCGACGGCAGAAACAGUGCCAGAUGAAGCUGAUGAUCUGAAGUCGCUGGCUGAACAACUACUAGCACCCCGCAAUCCCAUAAAACCGGAACCAAGCGGACAACCUGAAGUUUGGGCGGAUACCCGUAUGGAGCUCUGUGAGACUUUGUACUACUACCGGUCAUAUCACGGCGGAUGCUACGCUACUGGAGGAUUUGCGAGGGCGUUCAUGUUCGCCAACAGUUCACACUCGCGCGACUACAUGGAUGGAAGCGUCAUAAUUGCCCGUGCUGGUGGAGGCAUGAAGCGCGACGACUCGGGACAAAUGAAAAUGAGUAAAGAUCAAACCGAGGGGGCAACUGUGAGCUCCGUUCGGAACAACAUGAGACAGUACAAUCCUGUUGUCAUCAUUACUGCAGACAACAACCCUCAGGCUCAGAUACAACCUCCCCACCCAUACUGCGUUCUAGACUACUUUAAGGUCACGAACGUCUGGUGGGAGAAGAGUGAAGGGAAGAAGAUCCUGCGCCUCCGAUUUGAGAAGCUUAACUCGAAGAAGACUUCAUGGUGGCAACCAAAAGACACGGCUGAGAUCGCCAAGCCUGGCACAUUGGAUCCACCCAUUGUUCAAGUGUGCCCUAAGUGCAACCGGGAUUCGCAGCAGACGUAUCUGCAGGGAUGGAUGUGCCUACAGCCAGAUUGCGAGAAUUUCUGGAGAUUUUCCUCUCCUGCUUCCAACGACCUCAGGGAUCCAGAGGAGGGCAUUCUCAUGUAUGACCCUCGUUUCCUGAAACAGCACACUCCAUGGCCCAACGAUGAUAGCAAUUUGCCCCUCGGAUCAUUGAAUGCGGAGCUUACCGGGAACUCGAUCCUGGGCGAAGACUGUUCACGUGCCCACUGGUCAGGUGUUGUGUGUCCUGAUUGCGGGCGGUGCAAUUCUCGAUUAGAUUGGACUGGGUGGAAGUGUAGAAACCCCCAAUGUUCAUUCGAGAAGACACCCCCGCAUGCACUCAUCCCGUCCUCUUCACUACACGAUCCGUUCAACCCAUUGAGCACCUCCUACAUGUACUCUCGUGAUCUACAUUCACCAUUAGUGGACAUGUCGGUGUCUUUUGCGGACAACUACCGCAUCAAUAGGUUCACCAUUCCGGGCGUCAAUGGCUUCAUUACACACAUGAUCGCCAACAAAACAGUGGUAGAGGAACCGGAGGGACCAGAUGCCAUGUUUGAAUUACUACAAGAAAAUGACAUCGGCUUGGCCCGUCGCAGCAUGGGUCACGAUCACUUCACCCGGCAUUAUGUUGUUAAUUACGGCAUGCCAUACAAGUUUAUCGCAGCGACAGCCUCGUCUCCAUUCACAGAGUCUGCUGCACCUAUAACGCUCGCCCGUAGCCGUCUCAACUGGGCCGCACAGUACUUGCUGUCAAAGGAAGAUACAAGCAAGUCACUCUCUAUGAUUCGCGAUGAAUGGAAACCGAAGGAGUUCAACGAAGUUCUGGCUCUUGGUUACUUGGAGGAUCAAAAGAUCAGCUACCACGACGAUGGCGAAACUGGUCUAGGACCAACCAUUGCGACGCUCAGUCUUGGGGCUACGGGCACGAUGCGCAUCCGAAUGAAAGCGCGUCACUUUAAUGGUGUCUCCAAGGCCGGCGUGUACGAUUCUGAGGCGCCACUUCCCGGAUGCGCCGAGUAUGACAAGCGGCUGCAGUUACAACAAGAGCUGCGCGACCUCGAGGCCAGCGAUCGCAAAGCGUACACUCAGCGCCUGAAGGCCAUUCCCAGGGAACUGGGUCUGAAGAGCGGUGGCAACGCAAAAGAUGCCAUCACGAUGACGCUUAGUCACGGCGACAUUGUGGUCAUGCACGGGGCUGAGCUGCAGAAGUUCUAUGAGCACUCAGUAGACCACACUGGCAAAUUGCGAUUUGCCCUCACGUGUCGAUACAUCGAUCCCGAGUCGCUCUCAGAAAAUGACAAGCCGUCUUACGAAGUCAUGCCGGAUGAAGGGGACUAUGAUGGCACGCGGUUGCCAAUGCCAGGGGCAUAGGGCUUGGUGGUUAGGAGGUGUUUUCGCGUAGUGAAUCCGCGAUGCUAUCUACAUGAGCCAUGUCUAGCUUUUCAAAGUGCGCCAUCUUGCGUGGAUCUGGUUGCAUACCCGAUAGAGAAAUGGUGUGACCAUCAAAUUUUGGAAUUCUAAUACAUCGGCUAGAAUGGAGCAUUUUUCUUCUCUAUAUGAUCUUUGCUGUUUUUGCGAUACCACGUACCGACUAGUUGACCACUUAUCACCGACC